AUGAGCUCGUCUUCAUCCUCGCGUAAACAGCGCAGAGGCAAGAGCAUUUCGAAGCUCGCUUACACGAACGCCGUUUAUUUCCCCAACGAGAGAAUAUACCAGGGCGACACACCAGGAGCGCUCAACUAUGGAUACACCAAUCAUGUGUACUACGCUUUCGCAAAUGUCUCUCCGGAUGGUGGUGUUUUCUUGAGCGAUGAGUGGGCGGAUGCGGGGGCGCCGGUCGAUGGCGUCCAAGGGGGCCUUGGGUCUCUCAUGCAUCUCAAACAACAGUACCCGCAUCUCCAGGUUGUUCUGUCCAUUGGCGGCGGCAGUUCCUCGGCCAUCUUUCCUGUCGUGGCCGCGAGCACUAUCUGCAGAGAUAAUUUUGCGCGCUCAGCAAAAGGGUUAGUUGAUGCGUCUGGCCUCGACGGCAUUGACAUUGUGUGGGAGUAUCCCUCAGACUCCCAGCAGGGCCACGACUUUCUGGCUCUGCUGGCGACGAUACGUCUUCAUCUGCCAGAGGACCAAUACUUACUCACCGCUGCCCUGCCGGCGAGCAGAAUGGUGCUUCAGUAUAUUCCCCUCCAGGCUUCGGCCGAGUAUCUCGAUUUCGUCAAUCUCAUGGCAUACGACUUCUUCGGCACGUGGACGCCAAAGAGCGGACAUCACUCCCAGUUGUACGCCCCUCAGAAGGACCAAGAAUCUGGCGCUACGGGCGUGCAGUACCUGAUCGCCAAGGGCGUGAAUCCGGGGAAGAUUCUCCUCGGCAUCCCGCUCUACGGGCGAAGUUUCCUGGGCGCAGCUGGGCCGGGCCACAAGUUCAGAGGGGGCGGUGGUGACAAUGGCACAUUCGAGUACAAGCAAUUGCCACGAAGCGGUACCAAGGAGACGAUUGAUAAAAAGUCCAUCUCGGCGCAGUGCAUCGGCGCUGACGGAGGAUUCGUGAGCUAUGAUAACCCCGAGACUGUCAAGGCCAAGGCUCAGUUCUGCAAGCAAAAGGGGCUAGGGGGCCUCUUCUAUUGGAACGGACCGGCAGACGCGUCUACUCGUCGGCCGGCAGAGCUUCAGUGCAUUGGCAGCCCCGAGAAGCAACGAACGAGACAGCAACAGGGCCCUCUUGCCAUUUACACGUGUAGCAGCAGCAUCAGCAGCAUCAGCAGCAGAAGCAGCGCAUUCGGCUUCGGAGUUCCAGACAUUGCGAACAUGAAUGGCGUAGCGCUCGAUGAUCCCACGUCGCUGGAUGCUGUUGACUACGACCCAAUCGAUCACUUGAAUCUCCUCUUCUCCCACCCCUCGACCGUCACAUCGAUCAGCCGCGUUUCCCAAACCCUCCACGAACACAAGAAUGACGUCUCCACCGACAUUGCCGAGCUCGAGCUCGCCCAGGCCUACGGGCCCGAUUCGAGCCUCGAGCGUAUGCAGUCCGCCCAGGCCGAGCUCGCCCAGCUGUUCCGCAAGAUCGAGACGGUGCGGUCGCGAGCCAUCGAGACGGAGCAGAACAUCACAUCGAUGACGGCCGACAUCAAGCGCCUCGACGGCACGAAGCGCAACCUCACGCUCAGCAUGACGGCCCUCAAGCGGCUGCAGAUGCUGACGACGGCCUACGAGCAGCUGCAGGGCCACGCGCGGACGCGGCAGUACCGCGAGUGCGCGAGCCUCUUGCAGGCCGUGCUGCAGCUCAUGAAGCACUUCAACAGCUACCGCAGCAUCGAGCAGAUUGCGACGCUGAGCCGCGGCGUGUCGGAGCUGCAGCGGACGUUGCUGGAGCAGGUGUGCGAGGACUUUGAGCUGGCGUUCGCCAAGGACGAGGUGUCGGCGCGGCGGGGCACGCUCGUCGAGGCCUGCCACGUCAUGGAUGCCCUCGGCGACGCCGCGCGGUCGAGGCUCAUGACGUGGUACGUGAACACGGAACUGCGCGAGUACCGACAGGUGUUCCGGGGCAACGACGAGGCGGGCAGCCUCGACAACAUCGGCCGGCGCUAUGCGUGGUUCAAACGCAUGCUCAAGACGCACGACGACGAGCACGCCGCCAUCUUCCCCCCGCACUGGCGCGCCAACGAGAUGCUGGCCGCGGCCUUUUGCGACGGCACGCGGGAGGACUUCAAGGGCAUCCUGGAGAGGAGCAUGCGCCGGACCGAGGGCCCCAAGCUCGACGUCAACCUGCUGCUGAGCUGCCUGCAGGAGACGCUCGACUUUGAGCACGGGCUCGAGAGGCGCUUCGCCGACGGGCCCAGGGCCAGCAUCGACACGCUGAGCUCGGCCGACGACCGGGCGUCCAACUUUCACGGCUCCAUCUCGGCGGCCUUUGAGCCGUACCUGAGCUUGUGGGUCGAGAGCCAGGACAGGCAGCUCGCCGCCAUGAUUCCCAAGUACCGCAGCCAGCCGCUGCUCCCCGAGGACGAGGAGUUCACGCCGCAGGCCGUCAUCCCCUCGGCCAUUGAGCUCUUCCACUUUUACAAACUCACGCUGUCACAGUGCGCCAAGCUGUCUACGAGCGACCGCCUCCUCGACCUCGCCAAGACGCUCGCCAAGUACCUCGACGAGUACGCCCAGCAGGUGCUGCUCCAUUUUCUCUCGAGGGGAGGCGCGCAGGGGCCGCCGCUGCAGGACAUAGUCAUGGUCAUGAACACGGCGGAUUUUUGGUCAACAAACGCGAAUCAGCUCGAGGAGAACAUCAGGAAGCGCAUCGACCCCGAGUUGAGGGACAGAGUCGACCUCUCGUCGCAGGCCGAUGCUUUUCUGGGCGUCGCCAGCGCCGCCGUCCUCGCCCUCGUGCGCAGCGUCGAGCACGAGUGCGCGGGCGCGUGGCGCGAGAUGCGCAACACGAACUGGGGCGCCAUGGAGAGCGUCGGGGAUCAGAGCUCCUACGUCGGCGAGCUUCUCCGGGCCGUCAACGGCAGGGCCGAGGCGAUUUUGGAGCUCGUCGUCAAGCAGCAGUACGCGAGGGCGUUCUGCGACAACUUGGUGGACCACAUGGCGUCGGCGUACAUUGCCAACAUUGUGCAGUGCAAGCCGGUGACCGAGGUGGCUGCCGAACAGAUGCUCCUCGACAAGUACGUCAUGACCAAGGCGUUUGAAGGGCUGCUGUCGUUCCACAGCAAGGCGGGCGAGGCGCAGGCGCCGCCGGCGAGCUUCGUCAAGCGGGUGGCGCACACGAUGAACCGCAUCGACCCGCUGCUCAAGACGCUCCAGGUGCGGCCGUCGCCGCCCGAGGGCCUCGUGCAGGCGUACCUCAUCCACAUUGCCGACCGGUCGGACGUCAACUUCAAGAAGAUUCUCGACCUCAAGGCGGUGCGCAAGCAGGACCAGGCGCACCUCCUCGAGCUGUUUGGCAUCCACCGCGACAGCAAGGCGCACGACGGCAAGCUCGCGCAGAACAGCCCGCUGCUGACGCCGCUGCUGGCGAGCCAGAGCAUGAGCGGCGGUGGCGGCGGCGGCGGCGGUCACGGCAGUAUUGGCGGUGCCGGGGCGGUUGCCGGGGUCGCCGGGGCGUCGAUCAACACGGCGAGCUCGGCGCUGUCGGCGGCGGGCAGCAGCGCCACGGCGAUGGCCGGGUUGCAGGGCAAGUUUGACGCGACGAGCCUCGGCGAGAAGCUCCUCAGCGCGGCGCGGGACCUGGGCCAGGGCGGCGUCGUCGGCGAGAAGGGCGGCGGGGGGUCUGGCGUCGCCGCGGCGGAGAAGGCGAUGAACGAGAACCUCAAGAACUUUGGCAAGUUCUUCCGGCGAGACCUGGGCGGGUUCGGCGCGCGGUUUGGGAAGAGGGAUGGCGCUGACGAGGGGCAGCGGUAG